AUUUCUUGCAGUGAUUUCUAGAUCAACGCAUAUUAUAAUAAAGUAAUAAUAUGAAAUUCAGUAAUUAUUUAAUGUUGUGUUUGUGCAGUUUCAUUCAGGAUUCUAAUGAAGUUAUAUUUCAAAGAUCUAUCGAAGCAAUAGGAGUUUCAUAUUAUAAGAUUUCAUUUAGAUUAGGAACUUGUCAGGAAACUCUCCUGUUUUCCGAAAACAAAGCGUGGCCUACCGCUCGAAUGAACAGAAUAUUGGAUAUUUAUUACAAAAGCGAAAUAAAUGAGUUAGCUGUAUCGAGUGUGGAAAUUAAACUAGUAAUAAACAACACAGAUUGUGUUGGCACUUCGAAGCGUGGCGUUGGCUUUCCUGAAUUUUCAGCUACUAUAUUUUUUUCAACGAACAUGGCUGCUAUAUUUUAUUCUCUUAAGAUUUAUACCUGCAACCAAGCUUUUGACACAGAUUUGGUAGUUAAUGAUGAGAACCUUAAUUUAUCCGUCAUACCUGCAGAAGAAAAUGAAGAUGAAGAUUAAUCCAAA